AUGCUUUACUCUUCCCUCGAAAAUGUUCUGGUCCUUGCACCAGUAUCUGCAAAGGCAGAAUACGAUUCUGGAACAUCUCAAACUGACAUUCUUACCAAAUCAGCACUUUCGUUCGUUGUGAUGCUUCACCGUGCUUUCAACUCCACCAGAAAGGAAUUACUCGACAACAGACAGAAAGUUCAGGCCCAGCUUGAUGCCGGAAAGCCUCUCGAAUUCUUAAAAGACGCUGAACUCGUGAAGAUCAGAGAAAACCCAGAAUGGACUGGUGCAAUUCCUGCCUUGGGAUUGGCAGAUAGACGGACUGAGAUUACCGGACCUCCAGAACGUAAAAUGGUGGUUAAUGCCUUGAACACUCCAGUUAAGACAUACAUGUCGGACUUUGAGGACUCAUCAUCUCCAACUUGGCUUAAUGUUAUCAACGGACAGGUUAAUUUGUACGAUGCCGUUAGACACAAGGUCGAUUUCGUACACCAGGACACCGGAAAGGCCUACAGAGUUGACAGAACUCCAGGUCGUCAUAUCCCUGUGCUCAUAGUGAGACCAAGAGGCUGGCAUAUGGUUGACAAGCACAUUUUGGUCGACGGCGAGCCUAUUUCUGCAUCCGUGCUUGAUUUUGGUCUCUACUUCUUCCACAACGUCAACCAAUUGCUUGCUAAUGGCCAUGGUCCAUACUUUUACUUGCCUAAGAUGGAACAUCACUUAGAGGCCAAGUUGUGGAACGAUAUUUUCAAUGUAUCUCAGGAUGCUUUGAGUAUUCCUCGUGGAACUAUCCGUGCUACUGUCCUUAUUGAAACCCUUCCUGCUGCAUACCAGAUGGAGGAGAUUAUUUACCAGUUGAGACACCAUAGCGCCGGUCUCAAUUGUGGUCGUUGGGAUUACAUUUUCAACACCAUCAAGAGAUUGAGAAAUGACAAGUCCAAGAUACUUCCUGACCGUGGCUUGGUCACCAUGAAGGUUCCAUUCAUGCAAGCAUACUGUGAGAGACUCAUUAACGUGUGCCACAGAAGACAGGUACACGCUAUGGGAGGAAUGGCCGCUCAGAUUCCAAUCAAGAACGAUGUGGCUGCGAACUCCGCAGCUAUGGGAAAGGUCGAGGCAGACAAGCUUCGGGAGGCUACAAUGCAUUACGAUGGAACUUGGGUGGCCCACCCAGCAUUGGCCCCCAUCGCCAACGGAGUCUUCAACCAACACAUGCCUACUCCUAAUCAAAUUCAUAUUGUUCCAGCAGAAAACGUGAGUGAGAGUGAUCUUUCCAACACUGCCAUUGAGGGAGCACAAAUUACUACAGCCGGAAUCAAGGAAAACUUGUACAUUGCACUUUGCUACAUGGAAUCGUGGAUUAGGGGCAUUGGAUGUGUCCCUAUCAACAAUUUGAUGGAGGAUGCUGCAACUGCAGAGGUUUCUAGACUUCAAUUGUACUCCUGGGUUAAGCAUGGAGUGAUUUUGGCCGACACAAAAGAGCAAAUCACUCCAGAGUUGGCCCUGAAGCUUUUGGAUGAAGAAACUAAGAAGCUCCAGACGAAGUUCGGAGGCAAGUUUGAUGUCGCUGCUCGGUACUUGAGACCAGAGAUCCGUGGAGAUAGUUUGGCUGAAUUUUUGACUACAUUGGUUUAUGAUGAAAUUGUUACUGUUGGUGAGGAAGUUGAUCUUAGUACUUUGAAAGACUAA